CUAGACUCGAGGCAGACCGAGUCAAGCCGAGGCACGAGAGUCGUCCAGGCGUUUUCGGUUGGAAGCAGUCCCUUGGAAACCACCCCGAAGCCCGUCGAAGCUUCACCAGUCUAUCGUCGAUCCAUCCUCGAGUCUUUCGAACCAACCACCGAGACAGCUUCGUUCCCUGUUCACGUGAACGAGACCACCGAUUCCGUGCCCUUAGGAGGAUUUGGGACUGAGGCGAGGGACACAAGCAGAGACAUGGACAAUGUGCAAAUGAUCGGCACUAAAAUCACAGCGAUCAAGGAAUACUUAUAUAACUUCGCCCGGACACACUCGCCCACCAGACUAAUGAGCUCCGAAAAUACGUACUCGCUCUCCAAAGAGCAUUGUAACCUGAAGUAUACGGAUAUCCUACCUCACAAUGUGGAAGGUUAUCCGGCAACGAAGGAGUUCCUGAUGAAGGUGGUCGAUAUUCUAUUCGAUUUCAUCAAAGCUACGAAUGAUAGAAACGUGAAGGUGCUCGAUUUCCAUCAUCCAUCGGAGAUGAUGCGUCUUCUGGAUCUCGAGAUUCCUGACACCGGCCUGACUCUCCAGCAACUGCUUAUCGACUGCUCCACCACCUUGAAGUAUCAAGUAAAAACUGGCCACCCUCACUUCUUCAAUCAAUUGUCUUGCGGUUUGGAUCUCGUCUCGAUGGCCGGCGAGUGGCUCACGGCGACGGCGAACACGAACAUGUUCACUUAUGAAAUCGCGCCGGUAUUCAUUCUUAUGGAGCAUGUCGUGCUGCAAAAGAUGAGGGAGCUCAUCGGCUGGAACUGCGGCGAUUCCAUUCUUGCUCCGGGUGGUUCCAUCAGCAAUCUGUACGCCUUCCUUGCAGCCAGACAUAAAAUGUUCCCCCAGUAUAAGGAACGUGGCCUCUCCGCUGUCGGAGGACAGCUAGUUAUGUUCACGUCUGACCAGUGUCAUUAUUCGGUGAAGUCAUGUGCUUCUGUCUGUGGAUUGGGAACGGACAACUGCGUGAUGGUUCCCAGCGAUGAACGAGGUCGCCUGAUUCCGUCGAAAUUGGAAGAAUUGAUUCUGGAACGCAAAGCUAGAGGACACAUCCCAUUCUUUGUGAACGCUACCGCCGGGACAACCGUAAUCGGAGCAUUUGAUCCCAUUCCUGAAAUCGCUGAUAUCUGUCAAAGACACCAGUUAUGGCUGCACGUCGACGCGGCUUGGGGUGGUGGACUGCUUCUCUCGAGAAAGUAUAGGCAUCCAAGGCUGACAGGCAUCGAACGUGCUGACUCUGUAACCUGGAAUCCGCAUAAACUGAUGGGAGCAUUACUUCAAUGCUCGACGAUUCAUUUUAAAGAAGAUGGACUGCUGAUUAGCUGCAACCAAAUGUCCGCCGAGUAUUUGUUCAUGACGGACAAACUCUACGACGUGAAGUACGACACCGGGGAUAAAGUAAUUCAAUGCGGACGUCACAAUGACAUUUUCAAGCUUUGGUUGCAAUGGCGAGCCAAGGGUACAGAAGGAUUCGAGAAGCACAUGGAUCGACUGAUGGAACUGACGGAGUAUAUGGUCAGAAAAAUGAAGCAGAUGCCUGACAAAUAUUACCUGAUCCUAGAACCUGAAAUGGUGAACGUCUGCUUCUGGUAUCUGCCGACACGCGUGAGGAACAUGCCACAUGGACCGGAAAGAAUCGAGAUUUGUGCAAAAAUUUGUCCUAUUUUGAAGGGGCGAAUGAUGCAAUCCGGUACUCUAAUGGUGGGAUAUCAGCCGGACGACCGCCGACCGAACUUCUUCAGGAAUAUCAUUUCGAGUGCCGCGGUCACGGAAGCCGACGUGGACUUUUUACUGUCCGAGAUGGACCGGUUAGGCCACGAUCUGUAAGAAACCUGCCCGUUCUAAUUAGUUGUACAUUCAGCUGCUCUUCAUUGUGGCCGAAUAUACCGCGACGUCCUGUCGAAAGUCAUUCCUGUUGAUAUUAGAGAUUUCAUUAACGAGCGAGGAAACCGCGUCGUGUCAUUACGUGUACAAAAUCCGGAGGCCAAGUACUAGAAUCAUGCAAUUAUGAUUAACAACUUAAGCAACUAACACUGAUUCUUAUCAUCUGUUCAACAGAGCAAGGAAAGCAUACGGUAUUUCGUUGAUGUUUCCUUCUACCAUUUUCAAUGUUCAUUUUCAUUAUUUUUGCUGAGGUAACAUGCUUUUAGAAAUUUAUGCUCAGAUUUAUUUUAAUUUGUAAUAUACAAGUCUACAUUUUUCAUAUUUCUUUUAACUCUCUUUUGUGUUAACAUUUUUUAAAUGUUCAUGAAGUUGACGGAAGAUGAGAGUCAGUCACGGGGUUUAUUACUCGUAGUACGAAAAAGCGCUUCUUCGUUAUAUGUAUGUAUUAAAAAUUAAAACAGCAGCUGAAGAUCAAAGGAUACUCAUAGCAAGUAAGUUCUUUAGGUGUAAGCGUACAUCCGUGAAACGAAGAGCAAAGUUACAAAAGCUCUAGCGAAUGCUUCCGGCCGUAAAUGUUACUAGAGUUCUCAUUCUUCAGCGCUAUAUGUACUCGCUAGAGGGAGGGAGAGAAUACGAACGAAUAGCAACGACGCGUUAUCGCCGUCACAAAUCAAAGCAAUAGCACUUACAAAUAUAGUUAAUUGAGCUUAUAGCGAUCAGGUUCUGUUUCAAUUGACUUUAAUUUCUUGAUCGAGAUGCGAUGCAUCCCAAUGGCUGGCACUGUUUCAUUCGAAACAUAAUCGAACGUGUCGUAGAAAACGAAAUUGAUCUCAAUCACAUUAAUAAAAUUACGUAAGUUUCAUAAGAGACAACUUGCAAGGACUUUCAUGAAAAUUUGAGAUUAAAGCAAAUGAAUUCGUUCAAUAAGGACGAGAUAGAUGUACAAAAUAUUUUUACUUCGAAUGGUACACUACGAGGUAACAUAGGGAAUAAAAACGAUAUUGAUCCUGAUUUAUCUUUAUUGGUAGAGGAACGCGAUCAAUGUUGUGCAUUAAUUUAAUGAAAGUUUAAACGAAUUUGUUGUUUAUUAAUUGUUUGCAAAUUAAUAUGGUAAAAGGAAGAAUGACCUGCAUCCAUUAUUCAUAUACAAAUGUACGUAUGUUAUUAUUUAAUAUCGGAGAAUUUCACCGAAUGGAGAGUAAUAUUUAUUAAUGAUAUAUAUAAAUAAUAGGAAA